AUGGAUUACUCAUUGUUAACACACUAUGAUGCAGAUGCAGAAGUUGCUGAUCAAAAUCUAUUGUGGGAAGAGUCGAACUACGAAUUGCCAGAAGAAUAUUUACCUCAAACUGAGCAAUAUGGUGAAGAGUGCGACGGAGCCGAGUUUCGUGAGACUCACACUCUUCUUGCUGAUGGUGGUGACAGGUUUGGAGUCUCUACUGUCACUUUUGACACCGUCGAGGAACUUAUGUGGAUGGGAAAUCAAGGAGGUCACGUAACGUCGUACUAUGGAGCAAAUUUACAAAAAUAUACAUCGUUUCAAGUACAUGCAACCCAAGAAGUCCGUCAUAUUCAUCCCAUAGACGAAGGAAUUCUUUGUUUAACACAAACUGCUCUCAGAGGACAAUUACGCCGAGGAAUUCCAUUAUUUACUCAUACGUCACAAAAUAUGAUAGAUAUGCAAUGCAUGUUACAAUGUGGAUCGCGAUUACUAAUGGGUGGUCAUCAGGAAAAAAUAAUAGACUUUAACUUGACCCAAGGAAAAGAAACUGGAUUUUACCAUGUAGGUGAAAACGGGUGUGCGAUAUUGCGUCAGCAUGGAAAAUUUAUUUGCGCUGGUAAUCCUGUAGGUCGGAUUGAUUUACGGGACCCUAACUCUCUGACAAUUGAGCAUACUCUCGAAACUCAUAGUGGUUCUUUGAGUGACUUUGACGUUCAAGGGAAUUAUUUAGUAACUUGUGGGUUCAGUAACAGCCGUCAAGGAUUGUCAGCGGAUAGAUUCUUGAUGGUUUACGAUCUACGACAAUUACGAGCCUUGACACCAGUAACGACUUUAGUGUAUCCGUUUUUAUUGAAAUUUCUCCCUAGUUACUCCAGUCGCUUAGCUGUUGUAUCACCCUUGGGACAGAUGCAAUUAUUGGAUACUAUUUAUGCUGACGUCCAGCCAUCACUUACCUGUCUUUACCAAGUAGCGACUGGAGGUGCAAUGACACUAUCUUUUGACGUAUCACCGACGUCUAAAUGUCUAGGUUUUGGCGAUGCUGCUGGUUCUAUACAUUUGAUGGCUACUAAUGCGCCCAAUCCUCAAUUCAAUACAUUUUCUAGACUCACAGAAUUUGCUGAUCCCGUCGAGACAUUAGAAUCAAUGUCAAUCGACGAUCAAAUGACAUCAUUAAGCACAGUGCCAAUGAUGUACGGAGAUCACUCACUAGCCAGUGAUUGGCCAGAGCAAUUUUUAAGAAAAACAUAUCGAAAAACGCCAGCAAUAGAUCCAGAAAUAUUGCGAACUAUGAAAAUGCAAGGAACAAUCGGGUACGCACCGAACCCCCAGGCAUUCCGGCGCAAUCAAGUACCAUAUAAUUUAGAAAAACGACAUGGAAUCGUAACAAAGCUGUUUUCUGGUGAACCGAGGGCUAAAAAUGAAGACAAUACUUUCAUUGCCAUUCCAAAACGUUACCGGAAAAUAGAAGUCAAGUACUCAAGACUUGGGUACGAUGAAUUUGAUUUUGAUCAGUAUAAUUUGACUAGUUUUUCGGGAUUGGAAGCUACUUUACCUAAUAGUUAUUGUAAUGCUAUGUUACAAUUAUUAUAUUACUGCGAGCCAAUAAGAGUAGCAGUGAUGUCUCACGCAUGUCAAAAAGAAUUCUGUUUAUCAUGUGAACUAGGAUUUUUAUUCCAUAUGCUUGAUAUCUCCAAAGGUUCACCGUGUCAGGCAGCUAAUUUCCUUCGAGCUUUUCGUACUGUACCAGAAGCAUCAGCUCUAGGACUUAUACUCAGCGAUUUGCAUCCUGAAGCUCGAAAAAAGACUAGCCUCAUCCGUCUAGUCCAGAGUUGGAACAGAUUUAUUCUUCACCAAAUGCACUAUGAAAUCUACGAUACCCGAAAGCGUCAGCAAGAAGAGGAAGAAGCAGCCCGAUUAAAAUCCGGUACGAAAUACGCUCCUUUUGUUUACAAUGAACAAGAUUUCCCUAGUAUUUUACAGGAUCUAGGCUCGCGUUACAAGACUACCGAGUCUGACAAAAAGAAGAAAAGAAAACAAGACGAGGAUGGUAAAUAUAUGUGGAUCGCCGCGAAAGAAAACACCAAUAAAAAGGAAGAAGACGCAAGGGAAGAAGAGACGGACAUCAGUCGGAUUUUUGGUGCUGAGCAGAUUCAUGUUCAUCGUUGUCUUAAGUGUAAUCGGGAAGCUUACAAAAAUUCAAUCAUGCUGCUGUCUAAUCUAAUUUAUCCUGAGAACACCAGUCCUAAUGAAGAAAUACCAUUUACUAAAAUAUUAACACGGAGUUUAAAACCGGAAAAAGUAACACCCGCGUGGUGUGAAGGUUGUCAAAAAUUCAGUCCCACAUUGCAAUCAAGACAAAUAACGAAAUUACCGCAAAUAUUGGUAUUGAAUUGCGGAUUGGAUUCUCAACAGGAAAAAGACUUUUGGCAGACACAGAUGAAUAUUAUUGUACAAAAAGUAAUGAAUGGUAAAGAUAGUAGCCCGUCUUCGAGCCCGGUUCCUAGUUCUGUGAAAAUGUGUCGAUAUGGAUUGAAUUGUAUACGCGCCGGAUGCAGAUUUCGACAUAUUGGUAAAGAUGCCGAAGUAACACAAUCGUCACCAUCAACACCUUCUACUACCCCAAUUCAGAUAACGGUACCCCCAAGCCACCUUUACUACUCUCACUCUUGGAUUCCGCACUGUAUAGAAGUGUCAUUGAACGAAAAAGGCGAGUUAGACGUGAACAAACUCGACGAAAUACCUCCAGCCCGUCCAGCCAGCAAGCCUGUGGUAGAAAACGGCCUGAGUGACCACUCAGUACCUGAAGAUCCAAAAUAUUCCAAGAGGAAAGAGUCACUGGAUAAUGACAAGCAAGCUGACUUGGAAAACGAAACUAAAACAGAAACUUCUGAUCCCAAUUCAAAUGAAAACCCGAGUGAAGAAGGUCCACAACAGCCCGUAGAACACACGGAAAAAAUUCAGUACAUUUUAACAGCUGUGGUCUGUUACAUAGACGAUAAAAGCAGCGAAGACCGAAAGCAUGUAGUGACUUUGAUUCGUGUUGGUCCUAAUUACCAUGAAAGAUCCACGGGAAGUGCAGUAGCGCAAUGGUAUCUGUUUAAUGAUUUCAGCAUUACAGCAGUCACUCCUCAAGAAGCUGUUUGGUUCAACUUGGACUGGAAGGUUCCAUGUGUGCUUCAUUAUACCGCGGUCAGUGCUAUUGAAUCGGUACCGUUUGUUUCGCCGUUGACGUGUGAUGUUUUUGGAGAAGACAAAUGUAUUGCAAGGAGUGGUGGCACUCGGGGAAUUACUUUUACUCCCCUUACUUCUGAUGAAAUGCCUAAUAAAGGUGAUUUAGUAGGAAUUGACGCAGAGUUUGUUACUUUAAAUCAAAAAGAAUCUGAAAUAAGAAGCGAUGGCAAAAUGUCGACUAUUAAACCAAGCCACAUGUCUGUUGCACGUAUUACUUGUAUCCGCGGUCAAGGACCUCUAGAAGGCACACCAUUCAUCGAUGAUUAUAUUAGUACGCAAGAACAAGUCGUCGACUACCUAACUAAAUUCAGCGGUAUCCAACCUGGUGAUUUAGACGCUAAUUUCAGCAGCAAGCACUUGACAACUCUCAAGUCGACUUAUCAGAAAGUAAUUAAUUUAGUGGUACCACCUGAUCAAAUCGUGGAUACUGUAUUAUUGUUCCAUUUACCUCAUCGCCGUAUGGUUUCCCUCCGGUUCCUAACCUGGCACUUUUUGGGUAAGAAGAUUCAGUCUGACACCCACGACUCCACUGAAGAUGCGCGUGCAGCGCUGGAACUAUAUCGUAAGUACAAAGAACUGGAAAGCAAUGGAACUAUCACAGAAUCGCUGAAAAAAUUAGUAAUUAAUUUAGUGGUACCACCUGAUCAAAUCGUGGAUACUGUAUUAUUGUUCCAUUUACCUCAUCGCCGUAUGGUUUCCCUCCGGUUCCUAACCUGGCACUUUUUGGGUAAGAAGAUUCAGUCUGACACCCACGACUCCACUGAAGAUGCGCGUGCAGCGCUGGAACUAUAUCGUAAGUACAAAGAACUGGAAAGCAAUGGAACUAUCACAGAAUCGCUGAAAAAAUUGUAUGAUGUCGGAAAUGAGCUUCAGUGGAAGGUGCCGGAAAGUUGA